UUGUUCGCAGCCCAACCUUAUCCACAUCCAAACACAGCCUUCUUCAAAUACCACAAAAUACGAGGACACAUUUUUUGUAUAAGAAAAGCACAUAUCGAAGGGGUCAAUUACGAAUGAUUUAUUAUUUAAAACAUUUGCUCGGCUUGAUGGCUUUGGGCACUGAACAUUUGCCCGCCCAAAUAUAUAUCUAAAACAGUGCACCACAUUAAAUGAUGGUUACACUUUUCGAUAGCAUUGUUCGUUACUUGGCCUGAGCCUCUCUCUCUCUCUUCUUCUUGGCCUUUAUCUCCCUUUAUUUUUCGCUAUCGUUUCCCUCCGUCGCCUCUCGACACGCCAGAGAUACCUGAAAAUCAAUUCUUUGAUUGGUUUUUGAUUUCCUUUCUGCCCUCUGCAACUGUUCGUCGAAAUGCCUGAACCAUGGCCACCUUCACUUCGUCGAGCCAUACUUUUGCCUUGCCUCAUUCAUUUUUGACGCAUUUCAGUUCUCGGGGUUUCCCGUCUUGUUUCUGCGUGAUUAGACAAGGACGGAAAGGGAAUUUGGUGUCUCUGAAGUUGAAUCUCGUUCGUGGUUUGGAGUUUGGGAAGCAGAAAAAAAGGGUUUCUUGGUGGUCUUGUUGGUGCAAGAAAGGGUGGGACAACGACGCGGAUUUAGCUUUGGAAACAGAGAUAUUGGAGUUUAUGAGGAAUAGUGAGAAACCUGAGGUAUUUCCCAGCAAGAAAGAGUUGGUUGAUGCUGGGAGGAUGGAUCUGGUUGAGAGGAUAAAGAGACAAGGAGGGUGGCUUGCUAUGGGCUGGGACUUAGAUAAAGAUAAUGGAUUUCAAGAAGAUGGAUUUUCAGAAAAUUAUGUCAAUUGGGACUUGGAAAAGGAGUGGGAUAACGAGGCUUUUCAAGAGAGGGUUCAGAGUGAAGUUGGAAGUAGAGAUACUUCUUCUUUGGCUUUUAAUUCUUCUUCUUCACCUUCCUCGUCUGGUAGAUCACUAGAAGUAGCAGCUGAGGAUGACUCCGGGAUUGAUGGUAUACUGAGUCGUUUGGAAAGAGAAAGGAAUGUAAGUUUUGGGUUUGGUUUCAGAGAGAAAGGUGACAAUAAUGCUUGUACCCAAAGUAAUGAUAGUGAAGAAGAAUCUCUUUUGCAAGCCUCAAUGGAUGUGACAGUUGGUGGUCCUGGUAGAAGAAAACUUGUGCCAUUCAGCCAUAGUACGAGCCUAGUCAAUGAUAUUGGGGUCAAGUCUAGUGAGAACCAGUCUCUUUCAGGCAUUGAUGGUUUAAGAAACUCAACAUGGAGAGAGUGGAGCCUUCAAAGAGCAGGGUUUAGAGGCAAGGAAUUUGAAGGAGAUGAGAUACUUGAAAUAAGAGAUAAAUCCAGUGAACUACACAGAAGAAAAGAGUCAGAUGCUUCCAAAAAAGAGAUUAACAACGAAAUACAAAGUCGUCUUGAGCACCUGAAGUUAGAGCUUUCAUCCGUACUGCAAUCACUGAGGUCUAAUGUUGAUGAGGUUUUAUCAUGGAAGGGUGAUGGAAGCUCCAUUGACAGUUUGCUCAAGCUUUCUGAUGCUUGGGAGUUCCAGGAAAAUGAAAUAAUGAAUGCCCAGGACAAGUUGCGGUCAAUACGGGCAAGGUUGGCAGUUUUAGAAGGGAAGAUGGCUUUGGCAAUAAUAGAUGCUCAAAAGACAGUGGAAGAGAAACAGAAUAAGAUUGAUGAUGCUCGUAGAACUUUGCAACUUCUUCGUACUGCUUGUGUAGUAUGGCCUAAUUCUGCAUCAGAGGUGCUUUUAGCAGGAUCAUUUGAUGGAUGGGCAACCAAGAGAAAGAUGGAGAAGUCACGUGCUGGUGUUUUUUCUUUACGCUUGAAGUUGUAUCCAGGCAAAUAUGAGAUUAAAUUCAUUGUUGAUGGUGAAUGGAAGAUUGAUCCCUUGCGCCCUAUUGUUAACAACAAUGGAUUUGAGAAUAAUUUACUGAUCAUCACAUAGGGAGGCCACACUCCAGAGGCAUGCAACUGUGGGGAUGGCAAG